UCUAUAAAUACAAAGACUGCCAGAUCACCUCAACUCAAAAGUUUUCCCCACUUCCAGUUGAAGUAUUCCAAGCUUCAACCCUUGACAUCAAGCUCAUUAGAUCCAUUCAAGAUCAUUGUCCUAGGUUCAUUUCAGAGAAGGCCAUGGGUUUCCGUUUGCCCUCAAUUAUUCAAGCUAAGAAGAUCCUCAAACUGCAAUCUCUUCUUACCAGAAGUCAGCUAUCUAUAUCAGCAACAACAGCAGAGGUGCCAAAAGGCCACUUUGCAGUUUAUGUUGGAGAAGCUCAAAAGAAGCGAUUUGUGCUUCCAAUAUCUUACCUGAACAAUCCUUCAUUCCAGAAAUUGUUGAGUUGUGCUGAGGAAGAAUUCGGCUUCAAUCAUCCAAUGGGUGGUGUCACAAUCCCAUGCAAGGAAGAUGCUUUCAUUCAUCUCACUUCUCAGCUACAUUCAAUAUGAGUGAUGGAAGAGUUGAGAGUUAGGGAAAUAGCCAGCCCUUCAGCUCCACCUUCGCCAAUUUUGACUCAUGUAAAUCAUUUCAUUGAUGUGCAUAAAUUGAAAGAGGGAUAAUAAAUUUAUUAUCUAUUGAGAGAUCAAUAUACUUUAUUUUCUCCCA